CUGCCUCUCGUUCGACCUCCCUAAGUGUAUUGAGAGCAUACAAGCAUAAGGGGGGGACCUACAGGCUUAGAAAGAGGAAGGAUCAUUUGACCAUUCUAUAGCAAUUGGGAGUGUAUUGGAUUAAAAAAUAAAACGGUUUCAUUGUCACCAACUGUCGUGACUGGUCGCUUGGACGAGGAAAUGCUUCUUAGAACCAAGUCUUCUCAGUUCCAAAGAUCCACUACCCUCCCUGUGGAAAUAUCCUAUAAGCAACAGCAUCUGCUUUUGUGCAUCACGGAAAAUUUCUUACAUUUCCUGCAACAAUGCGUUUCCACCAAACAAGUCCAACAAAUCCACGCCCAGUUACUCGUUCACUCCAUUCACAAACCAAACUUUCUGCUGCGCAAAAUCAUUCAGCUCAAAGACUCCAGUUAUGCCAAUCGUUUCUUCUCCCACAUCCCGUCCCCCAACGAGUAUGGUUUUAACAUAAUGAUCAGAGGCCACGCUACUACUUGGCAGCAUUUCGAUUCUGCUUUAGAAUGUUAUUGCAAGAUGAAGUUUGUAGGCUUAAAACCGGAUAAUUUUACAUACCCCUUUGUGUUCAUAUCUUGCGGGAGUCUUCCGGCUGUUGACCUAGGGAGAUUAGCUCACUGUGAGGUGGUGAAGAACGGGCUAUGUUUGGAUCUUCACGUUAGCCAUUCGUUGAUUACGAUGUACUCAAAGAUGGGUAAGUUGGGACACGCACGCAAGGUGUUUGAUGAAAUUGUUGACAGAGAUUUGGUGUCAUGGAAUUCGAUGAUUUCUGGGUAUUCUCAGAUGGGUUUUGCCAGAGAGGCUGUGGAAUUGUUUGGGGAUAUGAAGAAUCAGGAUGUUGUACCUAAUGAGAUGACACUUGUGAGUGUUCUUGGAGCAUGUGGCGGCUUGGGGGACUUGAAUUUCGGGAGGUGUAUUGAGCUCUUUGUUCAAGAAAAUAAAAUUGAAGUAAAUUCAUAUAUAGGCUCUGCUUUGAUUAAUAUGUAUGGGAAAUGUGGUGAUUUGGUUUCAGCUAAAAGGAUCUUUGAUGGCAUGAAGAAGAAAGAUGUAAUAAUCUGGAAUGCAAUGAUUUCAGGAUAUGCUCAAAAUGGAUUUUCCGAUAAAACAAUUACUUUAUUCAACACCAUGAUGGAGGAAGAAAUUCACCCUAAUAAAAUCACACUGAUUGUGGUGCUAUCCGCAUGCGCCUCUAUUGGAGCCUUAGAUAUUGGAAAAUGGAUCGAUGAAUAUGCAUCACGGAAAGGAUUGAAGCAUGACGUAUAUGUUGGUACAGCGUUGAUUGACAUGUAUGCAAAAUGUGGAAGUGUGGACUCUGCACACCAUAUCUUUGAAAGCAUGGCCAGGAAAAAUAUAGCCUCAUGGAAUGCAAUGAUAUCAGCUCUUGCAUUUCAUGGAAGAGCCCUUGAGGCACUGUCUCUAUUUAAUCAUAUGUUGGCCGGGGGUGAUGUUGACCAGCCAGAUGAUAUCACAUUUGUUGGGGUCCUUUCAGCAUGUGUGCAUGCAGGAUUGGUCGAUGAAGGUUACCGAAUGUUUAGUUUGAUGAGAUCUUAUGGUCUUGCUCCAAAAAUUGAGCAUUAUGCUUGCAUGGUUGAUCUUCUGUCUCGUGCUGGGUGUGUGGAGGAAGCAUGGGACUUAAUUGAGAAGAUGCCUGAGAAACCUGAUGAGAUUUUAUUAGGUGCAGUGCUUGGUGCCUGCAAUAAGGUAAAAAAUGUUGAGAUUGGUGAGCGAGUCAUGGAUCUUAUUCUGAAUAUGGAACCAUCCAAUUCGGGUAAUUAUAUUAUUUCUUCAAAGAUUUAUGCAUACAUGAAGAGAUGGGACAAAUCUGCGAGGAUGCUUAAAUUGAUGAAAGAGAAAGGGGUGACUAAAACACCUGGCUGCAGUUGGGUUGAGAUAGACUCUCAUGUUUUUGAAUUUCUUGCUGGUGGUUCAUUAAAUCAAUAUGCGAAAGAAAUUUAUGAAGUUCUUCAGUUGCUAUAUGAGGAGAUUAAGCCAGAAGCUGACACAUCAACAACUGACUUUGCAUAAAAGUCAUAAUUUUGGACAUGCUCUUUGAUAUUGCUGAUGAUUUUGUCUGAUGUAUGCUUAAAAUCAAUACUUAGCAGUUGAAAAUGUCAGAAUGUUACAAAAUAAUAUUGCAUGCAUAAGAUUCAACAUCCAUGAUUGAUGGUGUCUUAGCUGCUUCGAUCUGACCAUGCUUAAAAGAGCACAUAACAGGAUAAAGCUUUAGAGCAGCUCAAGGUGACAGAGAGCAAACCUGUUGCUGUUGGGCAGAAAAUGGACCUGGUAUUUUAUACACUCCAGAGGGGUUUCUUUGACAUGGACUUUGACCAAAUAUCAAAAAGCAUUGACAGGGAAAAGAAAUGCUUUUGUAUUCUAUGUUGUUCUUCAAGCAUUAUUACAUUGUAUCGUGUUUGCCUGAAGCAGAAGAUAGCAGAUGCACUCAUGCACCAGAGAUCUUCACAGUACAAGGCAUUCAUCUCCGUCUUUUAUGAUACUCUUUUCGUAGACUGGCUACUCUGGGUGUAAAUGAGAAGAUAGAGAGAUUGGACGAAUACAUUAGAGUCGAAGGG